AUGACAAGUUCAAGUACCACGAAUCUUGGAAGUGGCAAUAUGAACCUUCCACAGAUGCGGUCCAUUUGGUUGGAUGAAGACGAGGAAGCGGAAAAGCUGUAUGGCUUACAAGCGCAGCAAUUUAUGGGAUCAGACGAUGAAGAGAAUUUAGGUAUCACAUUCAUCAACAGCGAUAAGCCGGUACUGAGUAACAAGGAAAACAUCGAGUUGCCCCCACUUCUGCCAAACACACAUUCGUCAAGGUACGAUGGGAGAAGUACUUCCAACUCCGCAGUGUCUAUAGAGACAUUAUCAUCCUCCAGCACCAUCAAGACUAAACACAAAAAAGUUCUCUUCAAGCUCAACUUGUUGAAAAAGAGGUUUCUUGGCACUCAAUUGGACAUAAGAGCUAAGAAUAUUUCCACUCCGUUUGAUUUCCAACACAUUUCCCAUGCAGAUACUAAAAACGGGUUCCAGGACGAGCAGCUGCAGGGACCUUUGUCAGCGCCCACUGAAAUUGAAGAGGAUUCUGCCCUCUCUCUAAGCAAACGAGAUUCGAGAUCACUGAAUAAGGCAUUUGUCACUGAAAGAAUCCCGGCCAAUCGCGAAAGUAAACUCAUUCCAAGAUCGCACGACAAAAAGACAUCAAGAUUAUCAGUUGCGAGAUCGAUCUCAGUUACUUCGUCUAAUUACUCUAAAAGCACACAGGGAAACAACCAUUCUAUCAAUGGCAGAGUCGUUUCCACAUCUACCAUGGCGACAUCCAUCUUUGAGUAUUCUCCUAACUCAUCGCCAAAGCAAUCCAAGACCAAGUCGCAUAACGUAAGCCAUAGAUACACCGGUUCCACAGAUUCCAGUGAAUCUUCAUUGGAUUUUUUGAAAAACUACAAUUUUCCCACAUUGCUUGAGGAUAAACCGAUCUUGGACUUUUUACCUCGUUCGCAGAGGUCAAGCGCCUACCGCAGCCUUUUAGGGACUCCGAAUUCAAACAAAAGUUCGACAAAAGUUUUUGCUUCUCCACAGCAAAGCCCAGUCACCAAAAGAAGAAAUUCGGUAUCAACGGCCUCUCCCCAGUCCAAAUUCUCAUACGUUGACUCCCCUGCUAACUUUAGGAAGUCCUUCGAUGACAUUAUUCAUUCUUGCAAGCAGUUAGAGCCUCUGCAGGUUUGA